ACUACCCCUCCACUUCCUUAUGCCCAUAUUUGGCAGCUCAUCGGUGGCCAACGUGAGCUCGCCAAAGCGCUUUUCCACGCGUCCACACACACAAAAAUGUGCUUUUCUCUCUCAUCUGUUGCUGGAACCAAAAAAACAAAACAAACCUUCAAAUCUUUCCCUCCAAGUUGAUCGCUCACUCGAAGCCUCUGUCGUCGUGUUGACACGGAGCUCCCACCUAAAAAACAACAACUAGGAGCCUUUUUUUGACGAGCGGACACAGGUGAGCACCAUGACGACGCUGCUGGACCUGAAGAGUAGCGUCCUGCGCCAGGUGCAGAGGAGCCAGUCGCUGAGGAGCCGCCGGGAGCCGCCGCCCACCGAAGGAAGCCCCCUCGCCCACUGCCCCGAACCUUUACCCCGCAGGAUUUCCGAGGAGAGCAUGGAGUUCUUUGAGCGAAUGAGCGCCAUUCUGCAGAAACAGGACAACAUGCUGCAGGCCGCCCAGGCCGAGAGCCAAAGAGGAGCCUGCACGGUGCCGCCGCCCCAGGAACAUGUGGACCAGGCUUCAAUCGCGGACAGAAUCAGCAGGACGGAGCUGGACCUGCUAUAUGAGGAGGUUGUGUACACCGUGGUCAACCGAGUCGGCGUGCCUUCGCCAGAACACGUGACCGGCGACGAGGAGCUGUUUGCGUACCUUCUCAAGGUGUUCGAUAUGGGCGAGGAGGAGCACGACAUCAUACUUCAGAAAGUGCGGGAGUUUAAGAGAGCCACUUUCUCUUUGAGAGUCUCCGUCCUGAAAGCCAAGAGUCUGCUGGCGAAGGACGCCAACGGCUACAGCGACCCCUACUGCAUGCUGGGUAUCCUGGAGGGCCAGAGCCCCCGGGAGCCGGAGGAGAAGAAGGAGAGGAAGUUCAGCUUCAGGAAGAGGAAGGACAAGCUGGAGAAACGCUCCAGCACCAAGGAGGCCUUGCCGGCCAGGUGCAUCCAGGUGACCGAGGUCAAGCCGGAGACCCUCAACCCGGUCUGGGACGAACACUUUGUCUUUGAAGUGGACGAUGUGCACAAUGAUCUCCUACAUUUGGAUAUUUGGGAUCACGAUGAUGACGUUUCGGUGGCCGAGGCCUGCAAAAAGCUCAAUGAAGUCAGCGGUCUUCGAGGAAUGGGAAGGUAUUUCAAGCAGAUCGCAAAGUCGGUGCGUGCCAACGGCUCGUCCUCGUCCGGCUCCGAGGAGAACGCAGAUGACUUCCUGGGAUGCAUCAACAUCUCUUUAAAUGAGAUCCCCGUCGGCGGCUUCGACACCUGGUUCAAACUGGAGCCCCGGUCCAGCGCCUCCAAAGUGUCAGGAGAAUGUCACCUGAUACUGAAGUUGUUCACCAGCCAGAGAGACACAACGCUGUCCAAGAGAGAAUCCAACGUGUCCAUCCACAAGAAACUGCUGAGUCGGAUUGUCGAGCACGAGCAUGCCCAUGUCAAGCGGGAGCCGUACAACUGGAACGGGCAGGUUAGCCCCCCGGCGUGGACCACGCUGACUCACCACGCCAUGCAGACGGACCUCACCCGCCUCCAACAGGCCAUCAUUCGCUGGCAGUGCUACAGCGGCCACCACCGAACCCAGCGUGUGUGCUACUCCCUGCUGCUGCGCCUCCUGAGGGCCAUCGAUGCAGAGUGGGACCCUCCCUCUGUGAGAGGAGACCUGGAGAGGCAGCUCUCGGACAGUUUCAGGCUGUACACGGAGCACUGCCUGUGCCUGAUGAAGAACAUGAGGCAGGUGUUCCCUUGCACCAGCGCCGCCGCCGUAACGCGCUACGAACUUAUGUUGAGGGGGAUUGGCUACAUGCAAAACAUGCGGGCGUUUAAGACCGUUUGUCCUCUGCGGAACGAGCUGCACUUGGACAUCACCUCUGCUGUGAAGAAAGGAACCUCGGAGUGGUACGAGGCCCUCAUCGCGCAACACAAACCGGAAGACGGGUCUCUGGAGGAGCUGCUGAAGAAGCUGGUUCUGGUGGUGGACGCCGUGUGUGCCGACAUGCAGAGAGCCCAGAACGUCUACAACAAACUCUUCUACAGCGCGGUCAAAGUGGAUUUCUUCAGCGUCUCCUACAGGCAGCUGGAGAAACUGGUGGCCGAUGAUGUCAACGUGGCCAUGGAGAGGCUGUGCGGCACCUUGGAGCAGGAAAGUUCCAGACUGACGCAGACUACGGGCGAGACCGUGUUCGAGCUCUUCAUGUCGUUGAAAAGCCUCAAGGGCUUCCGGGAGUUUCUUCCGCUCAAAGAUGCAAAGAUGUUGGCCUUGACGAGCUUCCACAACUGGUUCAAGUCGUCCAUCCACAAGUUCCUGCAGGUGGUCCACGACCGCUCAUGUGACAGGAUCUGUAAGGCGGUGGAAACAGACAAGAUGGAGGCGGUGCAGCAGGAGCGCCACAGCUCCUCGGCAUUGGAGGUGACGUCCUGCUUCAGACAAGUGAGAGACAUCUGGCUGCAGCUGGCCUGGCCGGACUCCGCGGGCGCCUUCAUCUUCGUCACCCGCCUGACCGACAAUUUUUGCAGCGAGGCCGUGAGCUACUCGGAGCUGCUGACACGCAAGAUUGAGAGGAACCAGCUGGGCCGAGACCACAAAAGCUUCAUACUGCAGCUCUGCGUGGCCCUGAACAACGUGGAGCACGUGCGGGUCUUCCUGGGUCACCUGCCUCGCGACCUGGACUGGUCGGGCGUGGAGCGCGCCAUGGAGGAGUCGUGCGGGGCCGAGGGCAAGGAGCAGGUCUACAAGGCCCUCAACGGGCAGCUCUUCAACAUGGACCUGGACCUGCAGAGGGAGGCUAAACGCCUCACCGCGCUGCUCACUGACAAGAUGCUGCCUGAGCUGAGACGGUACAUCCAACACAUCAGCUUGUCCCCAGACUCCAUCAACAAUGACGACGCUGUGGCCCCGCUCAUGAAGUACCUCCAGGACACCGUGGUCAUCCUCACUGACACACUGGUCAAAGACAACCUGGCUCGAGUUCUGCAGAGUCUGUGGGAGCUCUUGGUGCGCAUGAUCCUGGACUCGGUGACCGAGAACCGAGGCAUUCAGGUGGAGUUCUACAACCGCUUCCAAUACACAGUGGAGACGCUGCUGCAGUUCCUCCAUGACAACGGGAAGGGUUUGUCCCUGGAAGACAUGAAGAGUGGCGACUACAAGGUGCUGGAGGAGGAGCUGAAGCUGAACAAAUGUUCCUCUUUCGAGCUGAUCGAACAAUACUACCUGGAGAAGAUCUCCCUGCAGAAAACUCUCAAACACACACGCUUCGGUCGCAUCAGCGUCAAAUGUUACUACGACGCUCCCGAGCAGCGGCUGACCGUGGAGAUUCUGCACGCCGCCGACAUCAUGGCGCUGGACGCUAACGGUCUAAGCGACCCGUUUGUGAUCGUGGAGCUGUGUCCUCACCACCUCUUCCCUCUGGCCAAGAGUCAACGCACGCAAGUGAAGCUGAAGACGCUCCACCCCGUCUUUGACGAGCUCUUCUACUUCCACGUGAGCCCCGAGCAGUACCGACACAGAUUCGCCUGUUUGACCUUCACUGUGAUGGACUACGACUGGCUCUCCACCAACGACUUCGCCGGCGAGGCUGUGGCCCCCCUCAGCGACUUCUGCUGGCCAGGGAGGCCCAACGCCACGGCGGCCGGCAAGAGCGUGCAGCCUUUCAUCCUCCACCUGUCUCGCAGCAAACCCAGCGAGAAACCCAUCAUGAGUCUGCUGGACGCCCGUGUCGGCGACAGGGAGGCUCAGGAGUUUGUCCGCAGGCUGAAGGAGAUUGAGAAGUCCAUGGAGGAGGAGUGAGCGCCGCGUAUCGAUGUACUUUGACCGCCUGUUGCCACCUGUGCUCUUGUACCGGUUCCAUGUUUACAAUUAUACA